AUGGAUGACGAACAGUUCAUGCAACAGCUGCGGAACUUGACCAGCCAAACCGUUGACUGGAGCGGUUUUGAUCCUUCAAAGUGGCGCGACGAAGAUAUCGACUGGAACACUAGUGAUGCCUCCCAGGGCAAUAAAGACGACGCCUAUGCAUCCGACACUUCUAUCCUCAGUGUCCAUCACCUGGAUCCUUCUCAGGUCAGAUCUUCUACAGGUCCUAAUCGUUUUGAGGACGUGACCGACGAGGGGGAGGAGUAUUGCGAUGCUUCGGACUUGGAGAGCAUCAAGUGGCCGGAGGUUAGCGCGAAGCAGGGCGAGCACGAUCCCAUCACCGAACUCUUUACGCCUUGGAGAAUGGUUCAGGAGUAUCCCAACCUGUUUGUUGGCAAGCGCAAUGGCCAGAGGGCUCGGCCUCUUUUUACGCUCGAGGGGCUACACGAGAAUCGCAUUUGGGAUCUGUUCUAUCUUUAUCGACCGUCUGACGAGGGGAAUAAGAGCCCCAUAAUCUUCGUCCCAACCUACCAGAUGCAACACCUGCUCGACGUCAUCAACAGAAAACUCGACGUAGAGUUCACGUUUCCUCGCGGACAUCAAGACUUGUUUGCCAUGCCGUUUGGGCAAAGCAACACAGCGAAACCGCGCUUUCUUGGCCGUUCCACAUCUGCCCAGGAAUGGAGCGAGCUUACAAAGAAUGUCCCGGCGCGUAAGCCCGGAGACAUCUCGGAAAAGGCACCCUUCCUUGCCAAACAGGAGCUAACCCGCCGCUUGAAUAGCAUCUUCUCACCCCAAGAAAAGGGCAAGAAGUCCAAGAACAAUCAGUACAAACGAUGCAAUCUUCACCGUACUUGGGGAAAGAAUGUCAAGAGGGUUCAGCGGUAUCUUGGUCUCCGCCGCAAAGUUCAGUCCGUCCCUGAAGGGCCAUUCACUCCGCUGAAUCUCACCCAGCCUACUGGCAUCGAGCCGGAGAAGUCGGUCUUGUUUGUGGCGAUUGACCUUGAGGCUUAUGAACUAAACCAAAGCAUGAUCACCGAGGUUGGCAUGGCGAUUCUUGAUACCGCGGACCUCACAAAUGCUGCCCCUGGAGAAGGUACGAAGAACUGGUUCGACCUUAUCAAAGCACGCCAUAUCCGCGUCAAGGAGUUUUCAUGGGCCACAAACCACAGGCAUGUCCAAGGCCGUGCUGAGUACUUCGAUUUUGGUAAAAGCGAGUUCAUCGAGGUCGCAAAGAUCGCCGACGUGUUGAAAGAGACCAUCGAAGUCGAAUCCUCCGCGGGCGGUGAUGGAGCCAAGCGCCCCGUAGUCCUCGUGUUUCACGAUCAAUCUGCAGAUCUCAAAUACAUCCGCAUGCUUGGAUAUGACGUGACCAGCGCGGACAACAUCUUGGAGGUGGUCGACACUCGGGAGAUGUAUCAGUAUCUCAGCCGCUCAAACAACGCCACCAAGCUUUCCAACGUCUGCUAUUAUCUCGACAUCCCGUUCAAGAACAUGCACAACGCCGGCAACGACGCAGUGUAUACUCUGCAGGCUAUGAUUGGCUUGGCCAUUGACAUGCGCCAGAAGAGCUUGAAAAGGGCUGCUGCGAAGGCGGAGAAGGGCAAUGAGGGAUACGUUACCUACUCCGAGUUCACCGAAAAGAAGGAGGACGUGGAUGAGGGUUGGGUCAGCAGUGGAGAGCAGACUGAUGGUGGCGAGCCGAACUAUAUUCCGGUGAGCCCCGCGCCUAAAUUUGUCAGUGAGACACCGGGCGAGGAUUGGGAGUUGUAA